GAACGUCAACAUCUGAAAUCAGAAAUUAUUAAAGAUUUUAGUGGGUGGGCUAGUCUAAGCAAUUAAUGUUAAAUUCAUGAUGAUUUUAACCCCAUGGGCAGUAGUAGCUUUCAUCAAUAAAUACAUGUCAAAGUUUUUGAUGUUACAAGCUAUUGCAACUUUCUCGCUGUAGUAUGUUUUGAAAUAUUAUUUAUUUUUCCAGGGAAUUUCCUAGUGAUCAUGUCAUCUCGAAUGGAUUUGAUGGAUCUUGCUCGCCAUUUAAGGCAAGAAUCACUCUUUGUGUCAUCUGAGAAACAAAAUUUGCAACAUUUAAAUGAAAAAGUUUUAAAAACAGCAGAAAAUUUGUAUCAUCUCUCAUGGAUAGCUCGACAACAGCGCUUGACACUGGACAGCCUCUUACUGUCACAUUCUGAUACAAAUUUGGCAGCUUGUUGUCAUAGAUCAAAUAUCCUGGAGACUGCUAAUUUUAUUGACUCUUACAAACAACUUGGUGUACAUGAUUGUAGUUAUUCUGAAUUCCUUCAACAGUUUAGGGAAAACCCUAAAAUUGUGGCUGCUUGCCUUAAUCAAGGUGAAAAAAUAGAUUUAAAUACCAUGCAUAAUGUGGUAAAUAUAAUAAUGGCUGCAAUAUAUGGAAAUUGCAUUUUACCUGAGGAUGAAAUACAUGCUUUGAUUCUGCUUAAAGAGCUUAUGUCAUUACAACUUGCAGUGAGUGAUAAUCCUAGGAGAUUGCUUCGUCAUGGUUCUUGUGCUUUUAGCCGAGUUUAUAAAAUAUUUAAUGAAUGUCUUUUUAGUGCAAAAAUUUUUCUUACAGCUGCCCUUCACGAGCCUAUAAUGCACUUGCUAAUGGCUGAUGAUUUAUUUUUAGACAUAGAUCCCAGCAAAGCAGCUGUUAGAUUUCAUCCUCAAGAAAGAUUACGCCAUUUUGGUAAGGAGGGAACACCAGAGUAUUCUGCUUCUCUACAACGUUAUCGCAAUUGGACUAUCAGUAAACUUGUUAAUAUUACCAAUCGUUUCAUCGAGGAAAUACGCAACAAUUUGUAUUGUUUUCCACAAAGCCUUUCAUGGCUUACACGCCAAAUGUACAAUAUAAUAAUGAAAGCUAAAAGAGUUGAAGUUAGAGAAGUUGGAGCUAUGUGUGCAGAUCUUGUAUUUGCUUUUUUCAUCUGUCCAGCAAUUGUUGAUCCUGAAUCUUAUGGAAUUACAGAUAUUCCAAUUAGUUAUAUUGCACGUUUCAAUUUGAUGCAAGUCGCUCAGAUUCUUCAGGUAUUAGCCAUGUCCAAAUGGGAAGAAAUAGACCCUAAACUUAUGGAUUUGUAUGGGAAAUUUGAGAAGGAUUGUAUGUCAUCAUUACUGGAUUUGAUUUUGGAAGGUAGUGCAAGUGAUUCUCCUGCUGACCUUGUGAAUCAGUUUCAGGAUCUUAAUAGAUCAGCAGUUCUUAUAACAGAGUCUGAACUUAUGUCUCUGGUUUCAUUUCUCAGGUCUGUCGAAGCUGGAACUUCAGAUCCUGUACUAAAAAAGACGCUUAAUUCAAUGAUUAAUCAUCUUCCUCAUGUUAGUGUCCCUACUACUAUGCAAAAUGGAAACCUUGGCACUUGUUCAUCAUCUGUAAAUUCAAAUGACAAUCAACCACAAACACCUUCAUCUAAACGAAGUUUUCUUGGUAAAGUUAGCAGGAAAAGUUCAAAGCUGCCGAGUAGCAUGUUGAUGAAUUCGGAUAAUCAUGUGGAUGAAAUGAAUGGCAUACAAGAAAUGGAUUCUUCUGCAGCAGCUAAAACACAGUUAGAAGAUGUGUUAGUGGUACCAAUUCUUGGUAUUGACUUUGAUUGCCCUGGUUUAUUGAAUGAGGAUAAGGUAUUGGCCAUAGAAUCUCAGAAAAAAAAACAGUCUCUUGAAAAUGGUAGCUUGUUGGGAGAAGAGGCUGAUACAAUGAGUGUUGGGCCUGAAAUUAUUGAGAAAAGGACUAGAUUUUCUCUUUCUCAAGAUCAAGAAUCUGUUGGAACUAGUGAUAACUUGGAAGCUAUUUCUGAAGCUGCAUCUAAUCAUUCAGUAGCAUCUUCGCUUGAUUUGGAAAAUGAAAAUGAAAAUGAUAAUCUUUCUGAUAUGGUUUCUGCAAACGUCAGUGGCCGUGGAACACCAAAUGUGAGUGGACGUGAUACUCCUUCAUCACAGCUUGAAGAAGAAGAGCCAAGUGAACAAAGACCUCUUGAUUUGAUGGCUCCAACAAGAAAGCAGAAUCAGGAGGAUAUUGAAGACAAAUUUGGAAAAUUUGAAAUACAGCCUAUGAUGGAAGGAGAUGAGACUAAAUCAAUGGUCAGUGACACCUGGAGUACAGAUGUCCUUGCAAGUGACUCUGAAACAGUCGAACAGUCUGACAUAUCAUCACAAGUUACUUUAGAAUCACAGAGUUGUUUGGAUCGAGCUCUACUAGACACUUCAGAGACAGCUAGCCAAAGUGAUGCAUGGAGCACAGAUGUCUUAGCUUCAGAUACAGAACGACUACAGGAUGUUGAUACUGAUGAUACUGCUAGUGUUGCUCGCUCUGAUGAUACUGCACGAUCUGAAGUGGAUGGUGAAAUGGCACAAAAUGUUGAUGAUGCUCAAAUAGAUAGGAAGGACCUUUUGGAUUCUGAUAAUCAGUUUUUAUGUGAUGCGUAUGGAUCAGCAGCUGAAAAUCAAAGCUUUUUGUCAUGCACUGAUAGCUAUGCUGGAGAUCUUGCCAGCCUUAAAGCAAAUUUUUCUUGCUUUUCUGGUAUGAAUGAAGACAGGCCAGUGUUUGUGGAAGGAGACUUGAAAAUGAAUGACAAAACUAGUAUGUAUGAUUCUGAAGAUUCUUGCUUUAAGGUUCCGGACUUAUUAUGUAUGGAUGUAGGAAGCAACUGUGAUAUUCCACCUCUGGAACCAAAUGACAGCCAGCAGUCACAAGAGGAGAGCUUGAGUAGUAUGCAGAGCUUAGGUCGUGUCAGCUUGGCUGUGAGAGAACUGCCAGAUGUUGGUGAUCAGGAUUCUGGAGUUAUGCUGUUAGAUUCAUUACAAGAGACUGUGCAAAAUACACAACAAGCACACAGGUCUAGCAUUGUUGAUAUACUCUCUUUAGAUCUUACUCGUACAUUAAAUCUUCCUACCACAGCGUGUGCUGCAGUGGAUCCACUUAAAAAAUCUGAAUCUGGCAGCAGUUUGAUGGAUUUUGAAAGAGAAGUGUUUGGCAACAAAGAUUCUUCUCAGAGAUCAUCUGAUUCAGGUAAUGAUUCUUUGCGAACUGCAAGAAAUUCUAUUGGAGAGAGGGGCGCUAAGAGAAAACUUCAAGAAUUUAGUGCUGAAGAUGUGUGUCCCCAGUUUAGAGCAGUUACUUUAUCUGGCAACAGUAGCACUCAAAAUGCAACUGAAAACUCUCGUCCACUAACUCAUUGUGGGUCUGGAUUAAGUGAAAGUUCAGAUGCAUAUAAUUCUCGUCAUAUGAAAGCCAAUUCAGUGCCGAUAGCAGUAGGAGCUAUACCUAAAUCAAUAAGCUUUCAUAAGAGUACAGAAGAUAUGGAACAGGAAAUGGAUGAUAAAGUUGGAACCCACAAGAAAGGUCUUUUUAAACUUUCUAGUUUUAGGCUGACAUUUAAAAGUCGAAAUAGAAAAUCUCAUCUAGCAUUUAAAUCAGAUAGUGAAAAAGAUAAUCUUCAUGAUGUUGACGGAAGAAUUGGUAGCAGGCAGUCACAAAGCCUAUAUGCUGAAGGGAGAGCAUUGCAACUUGAAGCUGGGGAUGAAAUACUUGCUAAGUAUCGCAAAAAAUCUCCAGUUGUUGCUGCCAACUCUACGCAAAAAUCUUCCAAUUCAGAAUUCUCUGAAACAUUGAGCAAUGUUUCUGACAGUGUUAUCAUAGAUGGAAGUCCUCAUAACUUUGAGCCAGUAAAUUUAGAUACUGCGGUAGUUUUUUCUGAUGCCAAGCGUAAAUUGAGAUUAGUACUUGGUUCAGCUGACUUGCAGACAUUGCCAUGGCUUAGCCAUUCUCGUGGACGUUCCAUUUCUGGUGCCUUGCAGAGAUUACAAGAAAAUGAAUUAGUUGCUUUUCUUAAAGUCCUUCUUGCAGAAGCUAUUAAUCUCCAGCAAAGACCUUUGAUGGCUCAUUUACAUGAAGCCCUCCGAUGUGUUCGUCAGUUUGAUGAUGUUGGGUGCCAAAAGCUAUUCAAAUCAUUAAGAGAUGAUUAUCGAAAACGUGCCCCUUAUAUUGCUUACUUAGUUAGAUGUCGUCAAGGCCUAUUAUCAACAUUAUCUCAUCUGGAAACUUUAACAGAGAGAGUUGAAAGAGAUAAACAAGUUUGUGCACAGUAUUUGGUGAUGACAUGUGUGAGAAUAUUCCUUGAGAAGCAUGAUCGUUAUUUGCAGCAUUUUGUGAGAAAAUUUCAAGAACUUGUGGUAGCUGAUGAAAAGGCUAUCUUAGUUGAAAACUUUUUGAAUCUUCUCUUCAGCUAUGUACAAAAUGAUCCUAUGUGGCAGACUGCAAAUGAAAUUCAAAUAGAGCAGGCUAAAGCUGUUAUUGAGCAUUCAGUCAUGAGCAAAAUAUAUACUUUCGCUCUUCAUCCAAAUGGAGAUGGUGAUGUCUUGCGAGAUAAGGUUCUCCAUGAGCAUAUGCAGAAAUUAUCACAAGUUAUUACACCCAAUCAUAAGGACUUGAGAAUACCAAAGAUUUAUCAUUCUGAGUGUCCGUGGCCAUCAGCACAAGCUGAGCUUGUUAACAUAAAUGCUUAUAAAACACCCCGGGAUAAAAUCCAGUGUGUCCUUCGAUGCUGCAGCACAAUCAUGAACCUUCUCAGCAUGGCCAGUGAGAAAUCAGUUCCAGCUGCUGAUGAUCUCAUGCCUGUUCUUGUGUAUGUGCUUAUCAAGGCCAAUCCUCCUCACCUUCUUUCGACGGUUCAGUAUGUAAAUACUUUCUUUGAGAAACAAUUAGAAGGGGAAGAGGCAUAUUGGUGGACUCAAUUUGCAUCAGGAGUAGAGUUCAUUAAGAAUAUGGACUAUUAAUCAGAUGUUAUUUUUUAGAUAAUCUUCAUGUGAGAGCAAUUCUGGCUUUAGAAGUGAAAUAAUUCUAUAGGAAUUUUCAUAAUCUCAUGCAAGUAUGAUGUAUAAAUAUUAAAAAAAUGUGAUAUGAAAUGUGUUCUGUUGGCCAGGAUAUAUUAACAUUGGACAGAAAAUACCCAAUGAUUUACAUAUUUAUGAAUACUUUUAUUGCUUGAGAUUUUUGUAAUUAUUUAAUCAUUUUAUUAGAAAAUUUAGAUGUAUGAAAAAAGUAUAAUUGAAGGAAUUCUGUUUCUGUUAUCAGAGCUGCAUAUAAUUUUAAAUUUCCGUAUGUUUUUCAAGCAUAAGUUGGUAUCUAUGAUGUUUAAACUAAGCAUCUACUAAAAAUUAGUUCUGACUGUUGAGUAGUAAGAAAAAUUCCUUCUCUAAAUCAGCAUGUUGCAUUAUUUUUAGUAUCAGUUUUUAAGUGCUCUGAUUUUUUUGUUUUGUUUGUCUAAUUAUAUUAGCUUAAUGAUAAGUGCUACCAUAUAUGGCUUGUUUACAAAAUUUUGUAUAGUGUUAUUUAAAAAUUAAAGUUUAAAAUUUAAAUUUUCUCUUUCAAAAAUUAAAUAUAAUAGAGUUAAUGAAAUAUGAAAUUGAGAAUUAAGCAUUUCUUUAAAAUUUUAGGGCAAUAAUUUUACUAUAAUUCUGAUUUAUUACAUUUCUACAAAACUCUUACCCUCCUUUCUUAAUUCUGAAAGUAAAAUCAACCAUAAUUCUUUUUAAAAAUGAAGUUUUAUACACAUGCUUGUAUAUAUACAUAUAAUAUUAUUUGUACAAAGUUUUUAUUGAAAAUAUGUUUUUAAAGAAUUGAGAUUUAUGCCCAUGUGUAUUUUUUCCCUAUAAUAGUUUUAUAUGUUAUAUUUAAUAUUAUGAUGAUUAGUUAUUAUAUGAUUUUUGACCUAAAAUAAGAUUAGAUGAGUUAUAAAUAUAUAAGAAAUUUUAAUAUAAGUAUUAAUCUGUCUUAAUUUAAAAUAUAGGGUAUUCUCUAAUACUUGCACAUCUCAGGUGCAUAUUUCCUUUUCUGAGAGAUAAAGUUUUAUGCAAAUGAUUACCGUGAUGUAAUAAACUGCUCCCAAAAAGUGAUUUGAUUUUUUUUUUUUUUUUUUUUUUUUUUUUUUAGGUCUGUGUUAUAUGUGCUAAUCUUUGUAUUUUUAUAAUAUGAGUGAAAUGUCAUGUUAGUGUUGAAAAUUAAAUGUAUAUAUAUAUAUGUAAAUAAUCUGCUGUCUAACCAAAAGGUUAUUAUUUUCUUGUUAGGUGAUUAUUUCCAAAAUACUUCUUUUAUGAGAUUUGAAAUUUGUUAAUCAAGUUGAUUAUAUUAUGUAUUUUACUUGUAUGUGAUUGGUCAUUAAAAAUUAUCAGGAAAUUAAAUUGAAAGCAGCUAAAGUGUGCGUUAGAAUAUGAGUGGAAAAUUUUUAUAUUGUGUAUAUUUUAAUACUUUUAAUUUAAUUAUAUAUUUCUUAAUCAUAUAUACAAAAAUAUAUUUAUGAAUUGUAAUCAAUUAUUUCUGAGUUUAUUAAAUUAACACCUGUAUGUACAAAAUAUUGUAAUUUAGUUUAACAUGUCAAAGGAAAAGAGAAAUAAAUUUGUACAUUUAUUGGUCAAUCUAGAUCACUGGUAUUCUGAAAUGAGAUUACAAAAAAAAAAAAAAAAAAAAAAAAAAAAAAA